AUGUCAACUGGAAAUGAACCCAAAAUGGAAGUGGACCCGACCUUUGUCGCUACAAUGAAGGCAAAAACCGAAGCGGUAUAUAAAGCAUUUCAUCAAGCCCAUCAAGCGAUGCGUUUUGCUUCACGUGCUAUCGACGAGUUGCAAGCGGUGAUGCCACAAGAACUACAGACUCUCAUGCCGGCACCGCAAGUUUCUGAUUCCGAGACGAAUUCAUCGAAUAUGUCUCGUAAAAAUUCAAAGGUGAAACAGAGAGCCGCCCCAUAUACUAAAGGCCCAACUCGUGCUGCAGCGGGAUCAACCGCAAACACUUCACCGGGCAGUCCAACGACUACUAAUGAGACAAUCGCAGCUGCUGCCUUGACCACGACUUUGCCAAAUAGCGGAAUAAUGCAACAGCAUCCACAAAAUAUGUCGACAAUAAGGAAACGAGCCUCGCGAUCACCUGCACAUCCUAACACUACGGCACAAUCCGCCACGGCAGGCUCGAACACUACUAGCCGUCGUGAACCGCCUACAUUUACCCCAGAACAAGCAUCUCUAUUAGACGAAUUUAUCAAAUAUUUCAAUCUACGGGUCGAAAGCACUAAUAUCCCACAGUGGAAAAUCGGCGCAGAAAUUUCCUCAUACGCUGGUAAUAGCAUUAAAAUGGAUCAAAGUACCGUUUCCAGGAUGGCGAGACGUUUAGGUGUGCCGAAGAGUCAGACGGGCGUCGAGGCGGUGAAAAAAUGGAUUGCGGCUGAGAAAGCGAGAAUCGCUGCUGAAGGUGGUGCCACGGCUACUGCUGUCUCUUCCACGCCUGUUGCUAACGAAAAUAAUACCACCAUGGCAAAUGAGACGACUGGAACUUCAUCAAACCUGGAUAUAAUUACGAGACCUGGACUUAAAGGAGAAAAGAAACCAUUGGUUUCAAAUUUACCUUUAUAUAACGAAGUUUCAUAA